CCCCCAAGCAGCACGUGCCCACCAGGGCGCGUUACAAUUUGCACACGAGCACGGCCGAAAGCGGCCUCGCCGCGACCGUCUCCAGGUGCGAGCCCCUGCGCGGAGCGGGGAUCCCAGCCGCCCGUGCCCGCGGGUGUUGGGAGGAAGACAUGAAUUAUUCUCAUUUCAUCACUGCAGUAAGUGCAGCAAGAAAGGCAUCUCCAAUAAGACUUCUGACUGAAUUGAUGCAGAAGUCUCCCCCUUCACUAAUCUCCUUGGCUGGAGGGGUACCAAACCCCAACACUUUCCCAUUUAAGAUGGCCACUAUUACCACUAGAGAUGGAACAACUGUAGAUAUUGGGGAGGAUUUGAUGAAGAGAGCCCUCCAGUACUCUCCCUCAGCAGGAAUUCCUGAGUUGCUGUCCUGGCUAAAGGAUUUACAGAAGAGUCUCCACAAUCCUCCCACUGCCAAGUUCAGUCCUGAUCAGGGCCAAAUGGAGAUAUGUGUGACCACUGGCAGCCAGGAAGGCUUGUCCAAAGUGUUUGAGAUGCUUAUUAACCCUGGAGACAACAUCCUUUUGGACGCACCCACCUACCCUGGGACUCUAGCAGCUCUAAGACCUUUGGGUUGCAACAUAAUCAAUGUUCCCAGUGACCAACAUGGUAUUAUUCCAAAAGCCCUGAAAGAAAUUCUUUCCAGAUGGAGUCCAGAAGAUGUCAGAAAGCACAACAACAUCCCCAAAUUCCUGUACACCAUUCCAAAUGGUGGCAAUCCCACUGGAACCUCAUUGACUACUGACCGCAAAAAGGAGAUAUAUCAGCUUGCAAGACAAUAUAAUUUCCUCAUAAUAGAAGAUGAUCCUUAUUAUUUUCUUCAGUUUGAUAAGCCUUGGGCUCCAACCUUCCUCUCAAUGGAUGCCGAUGGUCGAGUUAUCAGGACUGACUCUUUCUCUAAAAUUCUCUCCUCUGGGUUGAGAAUAGGCUUUUUAACAGGCCCCAAACCUCUUAUUGACAGAGUGAUUCUGCAUAUACAGGUCUCAACAAUGCACACCAGCACUUUCACGCAGCUUAUGAUUGCACAGCUUCUUCAGCAGUGGGGAGAAAAGGGUUUCCUGGAACAUGUAGACAGGGUAGUGGAGUUCUACAAGGCCCAGCAAGAUGCAAUGCUUGUUGCAGCAGACAAGUGGUUAAAAGGUCUGGCAGACUGGCAUACUCCUGCUGCUGGCAUGUUUCUAUGGAUUAAAAUUAAGGGAGUUUCUGACACACAACACCUGAUCAUGGAAAAAGCUUUGCAGAAAGAAGUGUUACUGGUUCCUGGGGGAGCAUUUAACAUUGAUAGCUCAGUUCCUAGUUCUUAUGUCAGAGCUUCUUUCUCUCUGUGUUCUCCAGCCCAAAUGGAUCAGGCUUUUCAAAGGCUGGCUGAGCUUAUAAAAGAAGCUGUAUGAAGAGAGCAAAUGAAAACCAUCUAGCAAAUUAAAAGUCUCCUUCAAAAAUCUGCACCUUAAUUAAAAGAGGAUUUUAUAAUGACAUUUAAGGAGCAAGCAUGGAUAGAAGAUCACCAAAAGACCUCAGAACAUGCCUUUUGAUAGAGAGUGCAGAAAAUUAUAGUUUAAUUAGAAAUGAUCUCAUUCAACCUAUUAACUCCUUUUUAUGACAGGCAAUAUCAUAUAAAAAGACUAUUAUUCCAAAUUAUAAUGCAGCUAUAGUAUAUGGUUAUGUGCAUAAUAGCAAUAAUGUAGUUGAAGUAAGAAGAUAUCAUUCCAUUCUAAAUCACUCUUCAUUUUCCUAUAACUUCCUCAAAAUUGUGCCGAAUCUUCUCACACCAGAUCUUUUCCAUUUUAUUUUAAAUGGAAUUUUAAAAGAAGGUUUGAACAAAAUCUAUUCAGUCACUUUGAAUUAUUGGUGGAGGGAAUACCUUUUCUACUUAGUAAAUAAAGGCAACUUUUGAAAUAACUCAGGGAUGAACUACAGAACUUUUGACUUGGCAUGGGACAUGAGUGACAUAUGCCAUCCUUGCUAAAUUUGGCUGGGAAAGGACCUUGAAUUAAAAUAGUUAAUUUUUAAAAAUGGCAUACUUGGUACAGUAAAUUAUCUUCUUACUUCAACUACACUAUUGCUAUUGUGCACAUAACCAUAUACUAUACAUAUGCUAUUUUUAGGUGCACAUUUCAAACUGGGAAAACUGUAUUGAUCAGAAAGUGUUUCACUGAAAUUGCUCAGAACCCUUUUAACCCAACCCCUCCUAAACCCUAAAAUCACAUUGCACUAGCAAAUUAUGUUGUUUUAAUUUUUGCACUUCCUUUUGUCUCUCUAUGUGGAUUCUGGCUAUAAAAGUGUGAAGAUCAAAGUAUGAAACUUACUAAUGUUUGGUCAAAGUACAUUGACUUAGGCAUUUUUAAAAACUUAAACCUGAGCAACUGCAAUUAGACUCUGGUUACAAAUAAAAGGAAAUUAGUUUGCACUUUUUGGCAUGGGACAGUUUAAUUUGGUCUGAACCACCUGAGUAAUGUUUUAGACAUGGCUUCAGACUGUAAGCUCUUUGGGGCAGGGGCUGUGUCAAGGCUGAUUCCCCACUCUGGCACUUCAAGUGCUGAAGGUAGGGACCUGUAAGGAUUUUAAAAUUUAAUACUGGCCACCCCAGGCUUGUAUUUAACUCACAAGUUUACAGCUUCUCUCUGACCUUGGAUGGGUAGAUGCUGCCACCACCCAAUUGCAAAAAACCCCUUUGGACCCAGGAAGAAGCACUUGGGAUACCCUCAAGCCCUUUCACCCCCGUCCGGGGAAGAGCUGAGAAAGAAAACAAAGGAAGUCGGUUGUAGCCACCAGCUAAUUAAACAACAUAUGCACAAACCUCUUAGGACACCAAUCCUGUUCUUAAGAAAGGUAAAUUUUAUUAAAAACAAAAAGAAAGAAAAAAGAAACUAGGCUUUUGCUAGAUUUAAAAAACCUACUUACAAAAAUUAAACAUCAAGAAUAGCCUCCUUGAGGUCCAGCUUAAGGGUUACAAGCAAAACAAAAGCAUUUGGGCUUAGCACAGAGUAGUCCACAAGCCUUACAAAAUAAAAGAAAUAAAUCUAAUCACGUCUUUCUAGACAUUUCUGAUCUACUUACAUAUCUGGGUUUAAAUAAGUAGUUCUAGACAUGAUCUGAUGAUUUUCAUAUCUGGCUUUUAGCUUCUCACAGCAUAACUGCUCCCUGUUCCCCUCUUUCCAGAAGAACACCACACACAGACAAAGGGAAGUUUUUUCCCAAUUUUAAAAAGUUCUAGCCCUCCCAUUGGCUCUUUUCAUCAGAUGUCCACUCCUUUCCUUUUAUCUGUGGGCUUGUUAACCCUUUACAGGUAAAGCAAGUAGAGAACAUCUACUGAGAGGAAUUUUACAGCUAACUGUCUGGCUGGGUGUCCAUAAAAGGGAGCUACCCACCUUCAUUUAUCACAGCCUGUCAUUCACUAUAUGUUUUAACCAUGCCUAGUGCCCUUGGGCCCAACCAGGUUGGGCCCUUUAGGUGCUACUAACAAUAUAAAUGUGUAUUAUUAAUAAUAGAGUGAAAUGUGAGGGUCUUACUCCCCCUCUUUUCUCAAUCACAUAUAUUAAUGUUGAAAGGCUAUUCUUAGAACAUUAGUUUUUUGUUAGCUUUCAAAGGGCAAAUAUUUGAAAUCUCAAAGCACACAUGAAAUUUAGAAAAUAUAGUAUAUGGUGGAAUGAGGUGACAUACCUAGUUAAUAAAAAUAAGUGAGUUUUAUUUAACAAGGAAAUAAACGUCAAUGACAUUUUAAACUGAUUUUUCUGGAUGAAUUGCUUUCUUUAUUAAACAAUUCAAGUAAAAAUGUUUGACUAAAAGUACCAAGUAUUAGUCACAUAAGUAAGGCAGAAAAUUUUUGUUUUCUGACUGUGAUGAAACAUCUAAAAUGAUGCUAACAUCCUGACAAAUGCAAAGCUGCUUGAAUGAACAAUGGCAGUCAGGUUAUCUGUGUGCUUAUUGUCUCACUGAGCUUCUCAAAGCAUGAGUCCUCAUCUUCUGGGAUAGAACAUUCAAGAGAAUUAAAGGUUCCUGGAUGAAAUCAGCUGGAGAUGGGGGUAAAAUACCAAGCAACAGUUACAGGCAGAUGAGAAACUAAUAAGGCAAAUGGGAUUUAUUAUUAAAUCUUAUUACAAUAGCAUGUAGCUUUAUUUUGUCCUAAUUGAAUUUUUACAUUGUGGGACGUUUUUAUCUGUUUUGUUAAGGUAAUUGGCAGAAAAUAAAGUAUAAAUAAAAACUC